AUGGACGAGCAGAGCGGAGUGAUCGCAAGUGGCCAAGACAUUCUCAACUCCUAUCACUUACCAAACCCUCUUCCGAUCUGGCUCAACCCGGCGUAUGCUAAGCAUAUUGUCAAGGGAAAUUUUAUGACUCUGAGUGCCCGGCCCAAGACUGUUGAGCAGGGAGAGUGGAUUGCCCACCAAGUCGUCGAGCAUUACCGCAACCUGUGGAACUUUGUCCGUGUAAUUCAUGAGAAGGAGGAGGAUGGCCUCUCAAUCUGCAACCCUACAUCAUGCCCUCGGAUGAACCAUUCAUUCACCUGGCUGAACAGCCGUAGAGAGCCUGUCGAACUGCCGGCUUACGAGUACAUAACGCUUAUGCAGCGAUGGAUCAGCGGCAAGAUCGAUGAUACCACCAUCUUCCCUACUGAAGCUUCCGGCGUCUCGUACGCACACAAUGCCAACAUCACCACUACACCUCUCUCUCAGUUGACAAACCCUGGCGAGCCUGACUGGGUCGGUAAGCGAAGUGGCUUCCCACAGAACUUCGUUGAUGUCUGUCAAACAAUCUUCCGCCAAAUGUUUCGUGUCUACGCCCACCUCUACUGGGCACACUUCACCGAGCCCUUCUACCAUCUGAACCUAGAGAAGCAGCUAAACAGCUGCUUCAGCCACUUCGUGCUGACAGCCACAGCAUUGGACAUGCUGAAGCCCCAUGAGUUGGAGCCCAUGCAGCCCUUGAUCGACCUCUGGGCCGCCAGUGGCACCUUCCCCCCUGAGUCGAAGGCUUACGAAUACGCCAACCUCCGCGCGGGCGAGAAGCUCCUCCAGCUCGCUGGCAUGGCAUAA